GCGACCCAUCUCCUUGGCCAGUCCCGGGCAGGGAGGCAUGUACCGACAUGUCGAAUAUCUUCUGUCAAACCUGAAAUCGUCCCAAUUUGCGUCGCCAGCCGCCCUCGCAGCUUAGCCCCCCAUGUGAACCGACUGACGCUCUGGCUCAGGGCUCAUUACCGACAGCAUUCUGCCGUCCUUGUCCUCCCUGACACGGAAUUAACGCCCUUCCUAAGCCCAUCUCAAUUAAUCGUCUCCCCCCCUUCUUGCCGGCUGAACAGCCUUCCACCUGCGACUUCGACUACGCAUCGUCUUUGUGCCUUUGCUCUGUGAGGCUUACGUGGAGUGCUCAACUGAAUUUUCGGUGUGGGUUUCGACGCGUUUGACUCCUUUUACCUUCUUUCCCCCUCCCCCCCUCUCCGAGCGUCGUUUCGCUUGUUCCAGCUCCACUUUGGUACGGGGUAUUGGGCACGCAUGGUGGCGCACAUCGACCUCCUGCACCGAUCUUGAAUCACGACUCCACCAAGUAUUACAGUCGCACCUGCGGCCAAGGCCCCGGCACGUCCUCACACUGGCACGACUAGUACAUUCUACACUUCAAUGAUAGCCGAUGAACAUUCCUCUCAUGCCAGCUUGACCUCUUUCUACUUCCUUGCCGGACCCAGUCACCGAUGGUAGCUGAUGACUGAGAAACUGGGCCAGGGUCUGGGGUACGGUACUACUGGCAUAUCAUUGAAACGGCGUUUCCGCGAAUCGCCAAUACUAUCAACGGUUGGGUCGGCGCGGUUGUGCAUGAAGUACUGGACGUUUCCGUCCACCAGUCCCGAGGGGCGUUUCCAGACCGGAUGUUGUAUGGAGGCCGGGAAUUAUAUGCUGAUAAGCGGAGGACAUA